AUGGUCGUCACCAAGGUCACUAUUGAAAGGGGUAGCGGUGAUUUCCCUACUGAAAACGACGAGGUGAAGGUCGCAUAUACUUGCUACCUUGAAGAUGUUGGAAAUCCAGAGAACUAUUGUAAAGGGAAGCAGGUUGUCCUCCCAGGGCAGCCGGGCGAUCUCAUAUUUCGCAUUGGGGAUGAAAAGGUUGUUCCCGGGUUUCAAGAGGGGGUUUCGCGUAUGAAACUUGAUGAGCGGUGCAUCUUGACCAUUCCUAGUGAAUGCGCAUAUGGUGACAGGGGAUUCCCCGGGUGUAUACCGCCCAACGCGGCUCUAGUUUGUGAAGUCCGCCUUUGGCAGAUCGAUAAAGCGCCAGCUCCAGUCUAUGGCUGCACGUAUUGCCGUAAGCUCUUCGAUGCCAAGGAUGACUGGAGUCGCCACGAGUUUGCCCACCUAGAUGAGGAUGAUAAUAUCGGCGAGAGAUGGCGGUGCCGCGAACCCAACGAGGCCGGUGGAGACUGCGCCAAGAAACUUCGCUCGAUGCACCUUUUUGAACAGCAUCGCCGGGAUGAGCAUGGUAUGGACGAUACCCCGAGGGAAUGCGGCGUGGAAAAUUAUAUGGGGGGCGACUACCACACUCGCUAUUGGUGUGGCUUCUGCAAGAAGCUUGUUUCCAAUACCACGAAGGGUUUCGAAGCUAUAUCAGAAAGAAAUACUCAUGUCGCGCGUCACUUUGAGAAUGGGAGUACGAUCAAAGAGUGGGUGCACUAG